AGUGACUUUUGGACUUAAAGUGUGCACUUGACACAUGCUUUACCAAAUGGUUUGAUACAUGAUAAGAGAUGCUAAAUAUCUAAACUUUGUAGUUCAGAUAUUAUACAACUGUGUUCUGAUGUUAGGCUCAACUGCCACUUAUGGACAAAAUAUUUUCCACUGUAUCAAGGAAAACGUGACAGAGACUUUUGCAGGAUGAAAGGAACAGUUGGAAUAAACGCAUACAUAUUUCAAGUAUGCGUUGCCUUCAUGCUUGUUGUCAACAGCUAUGGUGAAAUUUGGUACCAGCCUGAACAAGUUCACCUAUCAGCUACGGGAAACCCAACCGAAAUGAUAGUAACAUGGAGUACCUUCAAUGACACCGAAUCACAGGUUCAGUUUGGAGUGACUGCGGCCAAAUCCACAUCUUCAGGUUCAAGUACAAAAUUUGUAGAUGGCGGUCCAGAAAAACACACACAGUUCAUCCACCGGGUGAAACUAACCAAGUUAAAACCUGGAACCAAAUAUGUUUAUCGCUGUGGAAGUAAAAAGGGCUGGAGUAUGCUCUUUUUCUUCAAGGCUGUGGAGAACAGGGCCGAUUGGAGCCCUCGCUUCGCCAUUUAUGGAGACAUGGGUAAUGAGAAUGCACAGUCGUUAGCACGACUACAACGAGGCACACAGGAUGGGACGUUGGAUGUAAUAUUACAUGUUGGUGACUUUGGGUACGAUCUGGACACUAACAACGGCCAUGUUGGUGACGAGUUCAUGAGGCAGAUUGAGCCUGUGGCUGCUUAUGUUCCAUAUAUGACAUGUGCUGGAAACCAUGAAUCCGCUUACAAUUUUUCAAACUACAAGAAUCGCUUCACUAUGCCUCUUUAUGGUGACAACCAAAACCUGUGGUACAGCUGGAACAUCAACUCAGCCCAUAUUAUUUCAUUUUCCACCGAGGUUUAUUUUUUUGGCGACGUUUCAAAUGAAACAAAGACUAACCAGUUCAAGUGGCUAGAAGCAGACCUUAUGGAAGCCAAUAAACCCGAAAGGAGAGCCCAGUAUCCGUGGAUAAUAACAAUGGGUCAUCGACCUAUGUAUUGCUCCGACUCCGACCGUGAUGACUGCACUAAACAAAGGAGCCUGGUCAGAAGUGCCUUGGAAGAUAUGUUCUACAAAUACGGGGUAGACCUGGAACUGUGGGCCCAUGAACAUAACUAUGAACGUCUAUGGCCGGUAUAUAAAGAAAAGGUUUACAAUGGCAGUAAAGAGGCACCUUACACUAACCCCAAGGCACCAGUACACAUCAUCACUGGAUCUGCUGGAUGUAAAGAGAGACAUGAUCUGUUUUUAUUCUCCAAGCCGUGGGAUGCAUUCCGUUCUAUUGACUACGGUUAUAGUGUCAUGCAGAUUAGGAACAAAACUCAUCUAACUUGGGAACAGGUGUCCGAUGAUCAGAGUGGAAAAGUGAUUGACAAGUUUACCCUCAUCAAAGAUCGCCAUGGGCCCGAAGCGUGGCUAUGAUCUUUCCUUUCAGAUUCCUGCUGACAAAUCAGUUUAUUUCAGCAAAAUUAUAUUUAAGAUCGUGAUUAAAAAAACUGAAAGAAAAUAUACAUUUGGGUUCGUUCAUGAAAUGGGUGCUGUUCUUUAACGGCAUUUUUAUGGUAUUUGUUUUAAUGGUUGGUUGAAGGCAACAAAUUUAAAUGCAGUGGACACUAUUGGUAAUUAUUCAAA